AGGAGGCAAGGGAGCUGACUCCAUGAGUUAAGUGCUCAUUUGACCAUCAUUGUGACCAGAAUUACCUCCUGCCCAACCCAACCUACUCUGCUGCAAAUUCUUUCACUUCCGCAGAAUACCGACUUACUCUCUUACGCUUCAGCCCUGUGAAAUCGGCUUCUUUUCCAAAAGUCUCCACGCUGUCUGUAGGCGGACACCAAGGAGUCCCAACAGUUCAAUUUGACAAGGCAUUCUGGAAUCUCAUUUUCAAAUCCCUGACCUCACAACAGCCUUUCAGCAACGCCGGCUCAUGUGCCAUUAGACUUCGAAAAAUUUCAAUUGUCUGCUCAUGGCAGAUAUAAAAGGAUCCCAUGGCAUUAUUCAAGGAAGAACAGAUUAUCCCCAUGUCAUGUUCUGUUGGAAUGCAAACUGAUAGAUUCUCUCUUCUGAAGCAUCGUCCGCUUUAUCAAAGAUUCUGAAUCUCAUUUGACAGCGCAAAGGACAUUUUAAUACUAACUAUAAAUUAAGGGAGCCAGAUCUACAAAAUCUACAGACAGAAGACAUGUGGCCAAUCAGAAGUUAAGCGUUGGUUUGGAAGAGACCCCUUGAAAGCCCUGAUGAAAAGCUUUUGAAUAUUCUCAACUCUUGUCAUAAUUUCAAAUAAUUUCAGAACGCAAUGAGCACAACACAAAGGAAGCGUCGGAUGAUGCCUCAGCAAUCCAGAAGGGCACGCCGCCAACGCAGAUCACUAGAACCAGCUGAACCGGAGGCUGAAAUUGUAGAGACUGGUGCAGAAGUAGUUGACUUGACCUGUGAAUCCUCUGAGCCUGUGGUUGUCGACCUAACCAAUAAUGAUUCUGUUGAGAUCGUGGAUGAAGAUCUGUCCUCCUCAAAUAGUCAGCCAAGUUCUGCUGAUGACCAGCCAGGCAGAACGCAGUCAGACAGCUGUAUUCUCUGCAGUGAUGAAGAAGAUACCAGAGCAGAUGGAAGUAGCAGUGUGUCUGUAACAAGUGCAGCAGCUGUACCUCAGGGAAACCGUCUUCAUCCUGCCUUGUGCAACAAAGACUUAAGAUGUGUUCAAAAUCUUGCUCACCGAAGAGCUGGUUCAGGAACAAUUAGCUGCCCCAUAUGUAUGGAUGGUUACACAGAGAUUGUUCAAAGUGGGAGGCUUAUCGUCUCGACAAAAUGUGGUCACGUCUUCUGCAGCCAAUGCAUCCGGGACAGUCUCAAAAAUUCACACAUGUGUCCGACUUGCAGAAAAAAAUUGAAUACUCGCCAGUAUCAUCCAAUUUACAUUUGACUGCAAGGUCUUUGUCCUGAACUUUAUGUACCCUACAAAGUGCUGGCCGCAUUGAAAUCCUCUUGCAUUCUUCAGUUUUCUCUGAAGAACUGGGUGGCUCCUGUUGGAGACUGAAAUGCGUUUGCAAGAUGCACACAUCAUCAGCUGUCCAUCUGUCACUAUCUGAUCCUGUCAACUGGCUGUAUUUAAAAUGCUGUGGGGACGGGGGUGGGUGGGUGGGAUGAGUGGAAGGGAGGGCAAGAAAUAAAACAAAGCACCAGCAUACUCCAGUCACCAACUAACUCAGAUGUAUGUUUUGUAUGUAUUUCUCUCUUUUUAUUGGCCUUUCUCUUUCUCUAUCUCUAUCUCUCUCUGUCCCUCUCUUUUUCUUUUACUCUUUUUUCUUGCUUUCUUGCUUUCUUGCUUUCUUUCUUGCUUUCUUUCUUGCUGUUUCUCCCUGUCUCUCUGUCUCUAUUUUCCUAUGCUCCAGCCUCAUGACAGGUAAUCACUGCACAAGGUUUGUAAUCCUUGCUGUUUGUGGUCUUUCAUUAUAUUGACUUGCAAACCCACCUUACCAAUAUGCGGACCAACUUUCUUUAGUACUAAGCACCAUCAGUUGGUCCAGUUCCUGCUCUGGUGGUGCCUUUUUCUUUCAGUGGAGCGUGCAUCACGAUGUGUGAAAAACACCAAGACACUGGGCAGUGAAUAAACCGAAGGGUGGGGGAAAUGCAAUUCAAAGUUACGAGGAACACAAGUUUUUGAUGAUUCUGAAUUUCCUCAGGAAAUCUUUCAAAGCCUUACAUAUGCUGAAAGUUGGGUUUCAGAAGUUGAUGUUGCAGUGAGCAAGGAAUACUCUAUGCAUGAUUGUAAGUUUUGGGAAUAUUUUGCUGAUUUUUUUUUUUCCUUUUUAAAUUAAUCUUUUAUUGUAACUGAAAUCUGAAUCACUAGUACUUUUGACCAAAAGUUCCUAUAGUUACAUUUUGCAGCAUCAGACUGCUCCUUGUCUAUGAGAUGACAAAUAUCUGGGAACUGCAGAUUUAUGUUGAAACAAAUCAAAUUUCAUGUGUUGAAAUUCAGAUACCUUUGCAAAAAAUAAAGAUGAAAUUAAUUUUUAAAA